AUGAUCAUCUUCAACGAAGACUCUUCUGAGACAGCUCCGCUUCCUGAGACUCACUCGGUUAUUGAAGAAGAGAUCACGGCUCACAGCAGCAAUGUGUCCUCACUAGUCCUGGGAAGUUCAGGCCGGCUGCUGGCAACAGGAGGAGAUGACUGUCGGGUCAACAUAUGGUCAGUUAACAAGCCCAACUGCAUCAUGAGCCUGACAGGCCAUACAACGCCCGUUGAGAGCCUACAGAUCAACACGAAUGAGGAACUCAUUGUUGCAGGGUCCCAGUCAGGAUCCAUUCGAGUUUGGGACCUGGAAGCUGCCAAAAUUCUUCGUACCUUACUCGGACACAAAGCGAAUAUCUGCAGCCUUGAUUUCCAUCCUUUUGGAAGCUUUGUGGCAUCUGGCUCUUUGGACACAAACAUUAAGCUCUGGGAUGUACGAAGAAAAGGCUGUGUCUUCAGGUACAAGGGUCACACAGAAGCAGUUCGAUGUCUCCGCUUUAGUCCUGAUGGGAAAUGGUUAGCCUCUGCUGCUGAUGAUCACACUGUGAAGCUAUGGGAUCUGGCUGCUGGGAAGAUAAUGUUUGAGUUUACAGGUCAUACCGGCCCAGUAAACAUUGUUGAAUUCCAUCCCAAUGAAUACCUUUUGGCUUCUGGCAGCUCUGACAGGACAGUUCGAUUCUGGGACUUGGAGAAGUUUCAAGUUGUGAGCUGUAUUGAAGAGGAGGCUACUCCUGUCAGGUGUGUGCUCUUCAGCCCGGACGGCUGCUGCUUGUACAGUGGCUUCCAGGACAUGCUGCGUGUGUACGGCUGGGAGCCAGAGCGCUGUUUUGAUGUGGUCUUGGUGAACUGGGGAAAAGUAGCCGACUUAUCUAUCCGCAACAACCAGCUGAUAGGAGUUUCCUUUGCGCAAAGCAAAGUGUCUUCCUUCGUUGUGGAUCUCAGCAGAGUCACAAAGUCGGGUUCCGUUCCUCACGGGCUGAUCAGGGAUGACGAACCUCUUGUGCCCCCUACCCCCACAGGGUCCUCCCUUCGCCGCAUCUAUGACAGGCCCUCAACUAGCUGCAGCAAGCCGCAAAGCAGAGUGAAGCACAACUCGGAGAGCGAGAGGCGCAGUCCCAGCAGUGAAGAUGACCGGGAUGAGAAGGAAUCAAAGGCUGAAAUUCAGAACCCAGAGGAUUACAAAGAGAUCUUCCAGCCCAGGAAUGCUAUCUGUCGAACCCCUCCUCGAAACAGUGAGCCCUUUCCUGCCCCUCCUGAGGAUGACCCCGUAACUGCAAAGGAAACGGUGAAGCCCAGCCAAGCUGCGGAUGUCCAGACCCCGUUGCCAAAGCAGGAACUUCCUGAUCCGGUUCAGAGGCCACCGAUUGCCUCCUCAACUGCCUUGACCAGAACAGAGCCGUCGGUGAUUCCUGCAGCCAGGAAUGAGCCCAUUGGCCUGAAGGCCUCUGACUUUCUACCAGCUGUGAAAAACCAAAGCCAGGCGGAGCUUGUGGAUGAGGAAGCCAUGUCCCAGAUCAGGAAGGGCCACGAGACCAUGUGCGUGGUGCUCACCAGCCGCCACAAGAACCUGGACACCGUGCGGGCAGUGUGGAGCACUGGGGACAUCAAGAACUCUGUGGACUCUGCAGUGGCCAUCAAUGAUCUCUCUGUUGUUGUGGACCUCCUGAACAUUGUCAACCAAAAAGCGUCUCUCUGGAAGCUGGAUUUGUGUACUGUAGUCCUACCACAGAUAGAGAAACUACUCCAAAGUAAAUAUGAAAGUUAUGUGCAGACUGGCUGCACCUCCCUGAAACUCAUUCUCCAGAGGUUCCUGCCACUGAUCACAGACAUCCUCGCUGCACCACCUUCUGUAGGAGUGGACAUCAGCAGAGAGGAAAGGCUCCAUAAAUGCAAGCUGUGCUACAAGCAGCUGAAAAACAUCAGCAACAUUGUCAAGAACAAGUCUGGGCUCAGCGGCCGCCACGGUAGUGCCUUUCGGGAACUGUAUCUCCUGAUGGCUGUCCUGGAGUGACAGCCGCCACCUCCUCACGGGCACACAGGUGGCCAAGCUUCCCUCUGCUCCUGGCCUGGCUGGAUUUCGCCUCUCUCCCCGUGUCCGUCUUCCACCGGCAGCACGACAGGGAAGCGGAGUCU